AUGACGGACAUGGCGAGCCCCGGCGCGGGCGCGUCGGUGGUGAUGGCGACGUGCUCCGACGAGAGGCACCCGCCGCACAACGCCCUCGACGAGGACGAGCGGAGCUUCUGGGUGACGACCGGACUUUUCCCUCAGGAGAUCGUGGUGAAGCUCGGGAAGACGUCGCAGGUGACCAAGGUGCGGACGCUCACGGCGAACGUGCGGAAGUUCUCGCUGGAGUACUGCGACGACGACGAACCCAUCGGGUUCAAGCCCGCGUUCGAGGUGGAGCUCGGGGAUAAGGGACCGGCGCGGCUGCAGACGGAGGUGCACCAAGUGAACUGCAGGGCCAAGUUUCUCAAGUUCGUCAUCGGCAGCGGCUGGGGCGACUUCGCGAGCGUGCACAGGAUAUCGGUGUUUUAA